GCGUCCGUGGCGUUAAUGUGUUCAAUAUCGUACUUCCAUGCUAGAGGCCAUGCGCUCGAAUCCUGGCGUUGGAUAAUUUUAAUAAUGUUUAUUUAAUCAUUUGCAACGCAGUACUUUCUUGAAAGAAAUGGUCCCCAUGCAAAGUCACGAAUCGACUUAAAGCCAGAGGGACAACGUUUAGGCAAAUCCAUGCACUGCCCAUCAUGCCCAUGUUGGCUGAGCAUGCCAUGCUCGCAGCUCCCGUAUACACUAGCGCCACAGUUCCCUCUAGUAAGUGCACUAAACUCUAGUACUUGGGCUCGAUAAAUGAAAAAAAGAUAAAGAAACGGCAGACGCGUGACGCCGCCCCCUUAAUUGUUCUCCUCGCCGUGACGUCACGGAUGUUCACGGUGCCUGCUGGGCGACUGCACCACAAGAGCUCAAAUAGGACAAAAUGCCUUGAAAGCAGUCAUGUCACAUUGUGACGCAUCAGGUGCCAAGGUUUCCGCGCAAAAUUUAGAAAAGGGAAGCUCUGCCCUCGUGCUCUCCUCCGGUAGGCGACCUCUUACCACAAAAAAAAAGAACAAUAAUAAGACUAGAGUUUCGAAAGAAUCCAUUAUCACUCUAACUCAUUUGCUGUUUCUCUUUAGUGUCCCUUUAAGUCUAUUUUAGCUUCGCGCUGUGUGCGUUUUCGUCCGUCUGCCUGCGCUUAGUGGUUUGUCUAAAAAAAAUUAAAGAAAGCUCAGAAACCGACUCAUUAAGGCGUCAAGUGCUACGCGAUUGCAGCGAAAACGUAACCAGAGGAAAGCACUCUCAAUAGGCACUGAUGGCGCCAGGCGCAUCCGCCGGAAUAAUCCCACUAAAGUUCGUCUGCACCAACUGUGUGGUAAGAUAUGUAGUAAUGAAAAGUCAAGAUUGCUCCAAUGUUUUUUUUUUACCUUUUCUUGUUGUCUCUAUAAAAUUAGAUUUAACUGGGUCAAUACUAAUUGCUUGUCGCACCAAUCCUAUCUGUGUUACAUCGUUCAUUAUAAUAGCGCGUCGGCGUUCGGUGACAAGCCACUCACAGUGCGCUCACCCAUGAAAAAAAACGCUUAUGCAUGCCCGAUUUCAUCAUUUGUUCUUCAUGUCACAUGCAGAUGAUGAUCCUCUUUGUACUCUAUGGCUACCAAAUGGCACUGGUGGCCAGGGAUAAGGUGUACACGGUAGUUUUGACCAAGAAGUCGUUUCGGCGCAUGUUGAAGUACGCCACAGACUUAGAGCCUGUCAUAUCGUCACCGGAAGCGACGCAGUCGGCACAACCGCCAGAUUCCUUGCCGCCUCCAAAAGCGACACCACUUCCGCUAUCGGAACCCAUGCAGUUCCCUCCAUCUAAACCUGAAUCUACUUUACCGCCACGUCCACAACCUCUCUCGGAACUUGCGUCGUUAGCAAAGCCUUCGCCACCAACCUUACCACCUCCUGCGGUACCUGCACCGGUAAUGGCACCUCCACCUCCACCCAUAGCGAAGCCUUCGCCACCAACCUUACCACCUCCUACGGUACCUGCACCGGUAAUGGCACCUCCACCUCAAUCCAUAGCGAAGCCUUCGCCACCAACCUUACCACCUCCUGCGGUACCUGCACCGGUAAUGGCACCUCCACCUCCACCUCCACCUAUAGCGAAGCCUUCGCCACCAACCUUACCACCUCUUGCGGUACCUGUACCGGUAAUGGCACCUCCACCUCCACCUCCACCCAUAGCGAAGCCUUCGCCACCAACCUUACCACCUCCCGCGGUACCUGCACCGGUAAUGGCACCUCCACCUCCACCCAAAGUGGAACCCGAGGCCAAACUUGUACCAGAGACUAAACAUCAACCUUCGGCAGUACUGGCGCCGCAGCCGGCGUCAUCGACGAAAUCGGAGCCGGAACUCGUGGCGGCGGCAGUACUGCCACCGCAGCCGGCGUCAUCGACGAAAUCGGAGCCGGAACUCGUGGCGGAGCUAGCACCAGAGCCAGCACCGGCAGCAGAAAUGACACCGACUUUCCCCGCGCCUCCUCCACCACUGCAAAAGCGCCAGAAAUCCCGGCACUCACCAACCGGACAUGAGCAACAGAAGCGACGUGGUGGUACAGCGACGCCGUGGAAGAUGGAAUUUUUGAGGACACAAUUUUACGAACUCAGAAGAGGUACGUUCAGAACAUUACGAAGAGUUACCAUGCGUAGAGGCUAUGAGGAGGUGGUAGCUGAGCGUACAACGGGACCAACAAUGCGAGGGUUGCAGCAGCGUCCCCGCACGCCUCACGGUAGGCCAGGUUUUUUCAGGGCACCAGAGUUGAAUUUGAACGCUACUUUCAAACCUGUGAGGAGGCCUUCCGUUGUCCAGCGCGAUGCAAAGGCGGAAUUCAGUCCUGAUUUGGAGCCAAUAUCGCGCCAUGAGCUCGCACGAGAAUUCCAGAGAAUGAAGCCUGGAGAAAGGAGGUCGCUUGCGCCAACAAGGUUGGCUUUAAGUGCCACCUUCAAACCAGUUCCCUCUCAAGGCGCACAGGCCGACAUCCAUGAGACAUCCUUUGUCUCGCCAAAAAAGCUCGACCCAGCAGUGCUGGCCGCACCUGGGCACGGUGUACUACGAGAAUCCCAGAGAGUAAGGCCCGGAGAAGAUAGGCCGCUUGAGGCAACAAGGUUGGCUUUAAGUGCCACCUUCAAACCAGUUCCCUCUCAAGCCGCACAGGCCGACAUCCGUGAGACAUCCUUUGUCUCGCCAACAAAGUUCGACCCAGCAGUGCUGGCCGCACCUGGGCGUGGUGUCCUACGAGAAUCCCAGAGAGUAAGGCCCGGAGAAGAUAGGCCGCUUGAGGCAACAAGGUUGGCUUUAAGUGCCACCUUCAAACCAGUUCCCUCUCAAGCCGCACAGGCCGACAUCCAUGAGACAUCAGUUGUCUCGCCAACAAAGCUCGACCCAGCAGUGCUGGCCGCACCUGGGCGUGGUGUCCUACGAGAAUCCCAGAGAGUAAGGCCCGGAGAAGAUAGGCCGCUUGAGGCAACAAGGUUGGCUUUAAGUGCCACCUUCAAACCACUUCCAUUCCAAGGCGCACCACCCGACACCCGUCGGACAGGGUCCUUAGUCUCGCCAACAAAGCACGACCCAGCAGUGAUUCACGCACCUGCACGCGAUGUCCUACCGCAGCCGCAUUCGUCACCAUCGGCGCAGCAAUUCUUCCCAUCGAACACGUCGGUGUUGUGGGCGACAAGGCUUGCGCCGCCUUCAAAUAUCCCGAAAGGCAAGAGAGCGGCUAAAGCUGGCGAGAUUGCGCGACCACGCUCAUGGGUCAGCUCUGAGAGGUACCCAAACGCGGCACGGUCGAGAGAGCCGUGGCAACAAACCUGCGUGCAAACCAGCGCAGUCUUCGAGCCGGCACGCGGCGUCGGAAGAUCUCGCGAAGCUCGACAGAUCGCCGGCGUCUGGUCGUCUGGCACUCGCGUAAGAGAGCUCCGGGCCCCCAGGGCUCUUGACAUUGCGGGCCGAUUUGACGAAGGGCAGCGGCAGCAACAGAGGCAUGUUCUACCGACGCCGGGGUCUGUUAACAUGCCGGCAACGAUUCGCACGAGCGGCACACGAGGCCGAACUUCUGAAGUGCUGAUCGAUUCUCGCACUACUUUUAGUACUUCAGGUUUACGGCAGGAGCCAUCGCCUUUCGUCAGAGCAGCUCGUCAGCCGGCAAGCAUCGCCUCGCUCAGGGCCACGAUAAGAAUGGCGGCUGUAGAACCUUCGCCGCAGUUGGUACCACGACAGCCGAUAUUUCAGUUGCUUCCACCUCCUUUUGAUUUCAGACCACCCCUGUUAGGGCCACGGCCGCUGCCACCACCGCCACUGCCACCACCGCCGCUUACAGCACAUUUCCGGCGACGAAGGGCACAAUUGUGGGUGCUUUCGGAGACAACUCUGGCAACGGAAGAGUACGACGACGAGCAAGCAGGGUCUUCUGGAGCGCGGGUGAACGAUCCACGCCGCUUCCCGUAGAACUGCUAUGCUGGGCCGACUGGGCUGCAUUCGUCUAUUAAACAUGCGGGCGAAUGUCGGCUACGGCAGCCUUUUCUGCUGGAGUGUUCUGCUUUUCUUUUUUUCCCUCUUUAACCUGCUGUCUUCUCUUUUACCUGAACAGAAUGGCAAUUUUCAUGUGGUUCUACUCACUUUGCUGUCGCGCAAGCAGCAGCUACUUACUGUGGUAUGUCGCAACCGUAGCAGC